AGGAAGAAGAAGCAGCAGAAGAAUAGCCGGAAUAGUUUCAUCAUUUAUAACACACCCUCCCGCGUGGCACUACUUUCAGACACAUCACACACACUCAGAGUCCAGACGCGCUUUCACUCACGCCGCUGCAGAGGUCCACAGCCGCCAUGUCCUCCAGGAAGAGGGGCCCUCCGGGGGAUAACGGGGACCAGGACGCACCGCGGGCCGCCCGCAGGCAGCUCCGCGCGCACGGGAAGGGACACGUCGCCGCGCUGCUGCUCGCGAGGGGAGGAAGCAAAGGGAUCCCCCUAAAAAACAUCAAGAUGCUGGCCGGAGUGCCGCUCCUCGGCUGGUGUGUGAGAGCCGCGGUGGACUCCGACAUGUUUGACAGUGUUUGGGUCUCGACUGACCACGACGAGAUCGAGAAGGUGGCGAUCGCCUGGGGCGCCAAGGUGCACCGCAGGAGCGUCGAAGUCUCCAGAGACACUUCUACAUCGCUCGAGACCAUCCAAGAGUUUGCCAGGAUGAACCCGGAGGUGGAUGUGAUCUGCAACAUUCAGGCUACGUCACCGUGUCUCCAUCCGUUCCAUCUGAGGGAGGCCCUGGAGAUGAUCACGCUGCAGGGCUUUGACUCGGUCUUCUCCGUGGUCCGGAGGCACCACUUCCGCUGGAAGGAGGUCAAGAAAGGAUCGGGUGAGUUGACGGAGCCGUUGAAUCUGGACCCGGCCAACCGUCCGCGGCGUCAGGACUGGGACGGCGAGCUGUGCGAGAACGGCUCGUUCUACUUCACCACCAGAGACCUGGUGAACGGAGGAAUCUUGCAGGGCGGUAAGGUGGCGUACUACGAGAUGAUGCCAGAGUACAGCGUGGACAUCGAUGUGGACAUCGACUGGCCCGUGGCAGAGCAGAGGGUUCGCAGGUACGGAUACUUCGGUCGGGCCUCGCCGGAGGUGGUUCGCCUGAUGUUCUGCAGUGUUUCCGGAUGUCUGACGGACGGGAGGAUCUUCCUGUCGGUGUCCGGAGAGGAGAUGGUGUCCAUAAACAGCAGAGACACGGAGGGCAUCCGCAUGCUGCAGAGAGAAGAGAUGGAGGUCGUGCUGUUGACCUCCAGCGCGGACCCCGUGGCCCAGUCGCUGGCGGACAAACUGGCCAAGAGGACGGGCUGCCAGGUCGUCCAGGUGAGCGAGGAGCCGCUGAACGACCUGAAGCCGCUGCUGGAGCAGAGGAGGCUGGAGUGGAAGGACGUGGCCUACCUGGGAAAAGAGAAACAGGACGUCGUCUGUCUGAGCCUGGCGGGUUUGAGCGCCGUGCCUAAUGACGGUCUGCCAGUCGCCAAAAACGCUGCAGAGUACACGUGCCGCAGCGUCGGCGGGAUGGGAGCCGUGCGGGAGUUUGCCGAGCACAUUCUGCUGCUUAAAGAAAAAGCGAAGGCGCAGAAGGAUCAGCAGCGAAUCAACCGCCACGACUUCUGAUGCCGAAUGUGAAUCAGUCUGAUCCACAUGGAAGAGAUUUACAGUUUGUGCACAAACAAUAGAAAUAAUCACAUAAUGUACUUAAAAAUAGUACUUUAAAAUGUUAUAAAUAAUAGUUUUUUAUAAGAUGUACGAAGGAGGAUUAGGCCGUGUUAAUAAAAAAAGAAAAUCUUUGAUUGAAUGAAGUAAAAAAAAAAUACGGGAAUUAAGUUGUAAUUUUUAGGGAAAAAAGUCACAAUAUUAUGAGAUUAAACUCGUAAAUUUUCCAGAAGAAAAGUGUAUUAUUACGCAGUUAAACUUGUAAAUUUACAUGGCGAAAGUUGCAGAUUGAACUGGAUAUUACUUUUUUUCUCGUACAGUUACGAGUUUAUUUAAGUAAUAUAAUAAUAAUUAAUAAUAAUAGUUUAAUCACAUA